AUGACUUCCAUAUAUAGUGAAGAUACAGAUCAAGCAGAAGAAAAUAAAGAUCAGACGGAAGAUGACAUAUAUCAGGAAGAUGACAUAUAUCAGAAAGAUGACAACUCAAAUAUUGAAAACAUAGUUCAAAAAGAUGACAACACAAAUCUUGAAGAUACAAUUCUAAAUGACAACAUUAAUCAAAAAAUGGACGAGGAAAUGGUUGAAGACAAUUCUUAUAAUUGUAUGAAUACCUCAAUGCGACAUAAAGAUGUAGCCAAAUUUUAUUAUGUUUGUAGUCAAUCUAUUGUAGCAAUGAAAGAAUACAAAGAAGGAUCAAACAGAAAAAGAAUGGAAAGAUUUCCUUGUCAAGGAAAAAUGCAAAUGAAAAUCGAUAUACCAGCUGGUGAAGCCAUGCUAGAAAUUAAUCAUGGUCUACUUCAUAACAAACCUGCUAUUACUUCAGAUAUUAUCGAAGAGUGUAGAAAAGAAAUCGAAGAAAACGAUAAAAAUUAUUGUUGGGAAGGAAUAUUGGGUGGGGAACAAAUAAUAGUUGGCUGGAGUCAAAUAACGUUCUUUGUGUCUCAAUUUAGUGAAGAUACAGAUCAAGCAGAAGAAAAUAAAGAUCAGACGGAAGAUGACAUAUAUCAGGAAGAUGACAUAUAUCAGAAAGAUGACAACUCAAAUAUUGAAAACAUAGUUCAAAAAGAUGACAACACAAAUCUUGAAGAUACAAUUCUAAAUGACAACAUUAAUCAAAAAAUGGACGAGGAAAUGGUUGAAGACAAUUCGUUGGAUCUAGAAAUUAUUAUGGAUCAAACUCCACAAAAUAAACCUAAUGACAAUGGAACAAGAAAUUCACUUGUUAAUAUUAAACCUAAUUCAUACAACAAGCAAGCCGGUCCACAACGAAAUGAAAGUUUGCAGCCAGUAUCUUUAACAAGUCGUACUCCAGGCGUAGACCUUAACGCAAUUGGAACAAUUGACGGAGCCAGUAUAUAUGACGUUGACUUAGAUUCUGCUGAAGAAAAACCUUGGAGAAAACCUGGUGCCGAUAUUACCGAUUAUUUCAAUUAUGGAUUUAAUGAAUAUUCAUGGAAAGCAUAUUGUGCAAAACAAAAACAAAUGCGAGAGGAUCAACAUUCUAGAAAAAAGAUACAUCAGCAGCAACAGUUACAACGUGGUGGAAGAGGGCGACGUGGAAGAGAUCAAGAUGAUUCGGUUAUUCAAGUUGUCUCAAGUGAAAGAGAGGCUGUCCUUGAAGAAAUGGAUCCAAUACCACCACCCAUGAUGGAUAAACCACAAAACGAUGAAUUUGGGCCACCGAUGGCAAUGGGAAUGUUCACGGAAAUGGGAGGGGGUCCUAUAGGUCAUCCACCACCUUUUUUUAUGGGAAACGCAGAAAUACCACCAUCGGGUCCUAUGGGAUUUGAUCAUAACUACCGAGGAGGUCAGCCAAUGCGAUCCAUGUUACAUCCUACUGGAAUUGCUGGAGGUUUACCUAAUAACAUGACUGGCAAUAUUUCUGGUAAUAUUCCUAACAUGCCUGGAAGAAUGCCAACAAUGCCAUCAAGUAUGCCUAGUGGUAUACCCGGUAUGCCGAGAGUUAUUUCUGGGAUGUCUGGUAAUAUAACUGGAAACAUGGUUGGGAGAAACGAAAGACCAUUUUUCUCAAUGGAAGAUCAAGGCAUGUUAACAUGGGAAAUUGAAAACCGUAACGCAUCAACAUUCCGACCCUCUACAUUUCCAGGAAGACCACCAACUGGACCAAUGCUUGGUCCUGGUACCAAUAGAAAUGAUUUUCACGAAUGGGAACGUUCUCCGCCACCAGAUGCACCAUUUUCACAUAGGAUGAGGAAUCAAUUUCGUCCAGGGGCUCCACCUACCGGUCCAGCUUCUCAUAUUGCAUCCGGAGAAAGUCCUAUUUCAGAACGUGGUGAUGACGAAAGAGGCAGCGAUAAAAAUGACGAGAGUCAGCCAUCUAAUAAUGAUAAAAUCCAUCAUGGGGGUUAUAUAAGGGAUUUGAGGGGAGGACAUGUUAGAUCUAGAGAAGAAGAAAGGUGGGAUGACCCACGAAAACGUACAAUUGGCGAGGCACCACGUGAUGAUGAUGAAUUCAGAGCUAAGCGACGGCACUAA